CCCCACUCAAUCUCCAUGGUUCGGAUCUGUUUGCAGAGUUAGGAUGGCAGCAGUUCGUAGCUUGCAGGUCUCGGUGAAGUCCGAGUCAGGCUCUGAGCGUUCAGAUUCUGAGUCUGACUCAGAAUCGGACCAGGACACUCGUGAACCUGAACCUAUGGAAGUCGAAGAGGGCGAGCUGGAGUCCGUUCCAGUCCGCCGAUCUCUUAAAGAACUGAUCCCGGACGUCAGCAGAAGAUAUGAAAACAAAGCUGGGACCUUCAUCACUGGAAUUGAUGUCACCUCUAAGGAAGCUGUUGAAAAAAAAGAACAGAGAGCCAAACGCUUCCAUUUCCGCGCGGAGGUGAAUUUAGCGCAAAGAAAUGUUGUUUUAGACCGAGAGAUGAUGAGAAAAGCUAUUCCAAGGGUACGCCUGGAAGCACUUCGUGUGAGUGGAGUAGAUGAGAUGAGCACUCAAGAUAUCUUUGGAUUUUUUAAAGAAUACCCUCCUGCACAUAUUGAAUGGAUAGACGACAGCUCGUGUAAUGUGGUAUGGCUGGAUGAUAUCACUUCUACCCGUGCUUUAAUUAACAUCAGCCGAAUGCCAGACCAGGGCAUCAUUGGGAAAGCCAGUCAUCAGAAAAAUACAUCUGAGCGACAUAAAAGAGAAAAGCAUCGUCAAGAUUCGGAUGAAGAAACUGAAGAAGGAGAGGUGGAAGAUGAUGAUGAUGAUGAUGAUGAUAAUGACAAUAGCAUCGAGGAGGAAAACGAAGAGAGAGAGAGUGAAAGUGAUGAAGAAACUGAGAAGAAACCCACAAAAGAGCUGGAGACUGACGUACUCUCCCAGGCUGAGAAGGAGUCUCUUCUGCGAAAUGACCUUCGUCCUGCUGUGAAAAGCUUCAAAGGAAAUAAACUACUUCUAAGGUUUGCUACAUAUGAUGAUAAAAAGGAACUAGGAGCUGCCAAGAGAAGUCAAUACUAUAUGAAAUAUGGAAAUCCAAAUUAUGGAGGCAUGAAAGGCAUUCUGAGCAACUCUUGGAAACGAAGGUACCAUUCGCGACGGCUGCAUCGAGAUCUUUUGAAGACAAAAAAGAGCAUUAUUGGGGAUGAUGUUGGACUGACUCCUCCAUAUAAACACCGUCAUUCAGACCUACUGAAUGUGCCUGAGGAACCAAUUGAGGAAGAGGAUGAGGGAGAGGAGGAAGAUGAAGAUAUGGAUGAAGAUGAGCGGGUUGUUGAAUAUCGUGAGGAGCCACGCAAUGUGGCUCCACUGCGCAGGACAGGCUCAGAUUCUGACUCGGACGAGAUGGACUAUGACCUUGAGCUUAAAAUGAUCUCCACUCCUUCUCCAAAGAAAACUAUGAAGAUGACUAUGUAUGCUGACGAAGUCGAGUCUAAACUAAAAACUAUUCGGAACUCCAUGAGAGCUGACAGCAUACCAGUUAGCAGUGUUAAAAACCGAAUAGGAACAACUGGAAAAACCUCGAAAGAGAAAGUAACAGAUGUGCGCAUUUUAUUAGAAGAAAAACGACAAAACUUGUCUCAGCAGCCACUGCCAUUCACCCCAACUAAAACAGAUGUUCGACAACGUUUGGGUAAGAGACCACGCUCUCCUGAUAACAGGACUAGUAAGGUCACUGUAAGUACAGCUCCACUUCCACGCAGAGAGCCACUGUCUGAUGUGCACAGUCGCCUUGGGUUCCCCAAGCAGGAUUCUCAAAGACUUUACUCUGAUGGUGGAAAAGAUAGAAAGUUAGCCGGAAGCCUUUGGAGUCGACUUGGGACAACGUCAUCCUCCUCGGGUCAGAAAGAGAAGUUUUUUGUAGGAAGAUCAGCAAACAAGUCAACAACAGUAGCUCCAACAGCAGCAGUAGCAGGAGCAACAGCAGCAGCAGCAAAUAGUUCUGGCGAGGAUGAUGAUUCUGAGCUCCAAAGGGUGUGGGGGGCCAUGAUCAAAGAGAAAGAAAAGUCACACAAGAAAAGAAGUCGACUGGACAAUCUUCCCUCUCUUCAGAUUGAAAUCAGUCGUGAAAGCAGCAAUGGCUCAGACAGUGAGUCGUGAUAGGACAAGAAAACAAUGACUUGUUAAAUAGACAAAGCUUUUGUUUAAUGGGUUGGCACCUCAUGAGUGACCAGAGUUUGGACUGUAGUUUGUGGCUGAAAAAUACAAGUGUGAAUUUACAUUUCUUAAGUUUUUCAGGAUGUGCUAUGCUGCUGGCUGUAUCAUGGCUUACACCCGGGGAUAUCCAGAAUAGUUCUGUAAGGGUAAUGUUUGGAGACAGAACUAAAAGGGUGUUACGGUUGAAGAUCCUAUCUAGCUACUCGUGUGAGGGGAAAAAAAGCAACAUAUAAACCUGAAGGAGAAGAAAUUGCAUUAUGAAAGAAUUCAAAACAGACUUUAUGUCCCAUACAACAUCUCAUUGGACACAAUGUUCAAGCCAAAACACAGAUUUCAACCACUGGAAAUAAAAUCUGUGGCCAGUAUUUAGAAUGUAAAAUGUGGAAAUGUUCUUUUAAAAUAAGAAUUCCAAAUAAUAUGAGGAUAGUAAACUACCUUUUACACAUGAGAAAAUUGUAUUUUUCAACAUUCCUGCCCGUUAACAUUUUAUUUGCAAUUGACUUUUAAGGCACAUAUCUGGCUAUAUUUGGACAUAGUCCUUUAAUGCACUGGUUUUGUUCCCAGCACAGGGGCCAAGAGUUAUCUGCCUGGAAUCCAGAAGCAAAUGGGUUUUUUAAAAAUGAUAAGUUUGUGUGUGAAUGAGUCGUUCUCAACUCAUCAGCCUGUCAGUUUGUCACAUUUACAUGUUUUUCUCGCCUACCCCUCAAUUGAUUCUUCUUAACAUUAAUCAUAGGCUUGGCUAAAGAUUGGGUACCUAGUAGUUCAUUUGGGACAUGUUUUGUCACUGGUACAUCAUUCCACAGGGAGGGAAACGUGCAACUAGGUGGAAUUGGGACUGUUGAGAAAACUGCUCAUAUAAAAAGCUGCCAGAAAGUGA